UGAUGAAGCCACGCCUCCAGUAAACUGAAAUUGAACUGAAAAUCAUGAAAUGUAUACUAUUAUAGCGUGAAGCGCCAGCGCAGUGCAGCUGUGAUUGUAAAGCAUCAUAAACACACGCUCCUGAUCAUCUUCAUCAUCAUCAUCAUCAUCAUGUCUGAGCGCAUCGGUUUCAUCACGCGCGUGCAGAGCUUCAGCGCCUGCCAUCGCUUACACAGCAAAUCAUUAAGUGAUGAGGAGAACAAAAGAAUAUUUGGAAAAUGCAACAAUCCUAAUGGCCAUGGUCAUAACUACACAGUUGAAGUGACAGUUCGUGGAAAGAUUGACAGAAACACAGGAAUGGUAAUGAACCUUACUGAUCUGAAGGAGUAUAUUGAGGAGGCCAUCAUGAAACCUCUUGACCAUAAAAAUCUGGAUCUGGAUGUGCCGUAUUUUGCUGAUGUUGUCAGCACCACAGAAAACCUGUCAGUCUUUAUUUGGGACAGUAUGGUGAAGCUUCUCCCGCCCGACAGCCUGUAUGAGAUCAAAAUAUAUGAAACGGACAAAAAUAUUGUGGUAUACAGAGGUGAAUAGAGUAUGAGAAGCUUGUGUUCAUGCGGUGACUCUCAGUACAGCAGCGAACAGUGAUUGAUUUCAAGAAAGUAUAUUAGGUGAGAGCGGCACCUGCUGCGUUUCACUACACUAUGGGAUUAAUGUAAGUCACUGGGAAUUUGGCUCAGCUGUCCAGCAUGUAAGACUGAUCCUAUUACACACAGAGAUUACACACACACACACACACACACAAUCUUUUUCCAAAUUAAUUAGCAGCCUUCCCCUCAGCGCCCGUCGUCUAUAUGGACCCAUAUUCAUUCUCAAAGUAAGCCUGUUUGAACAGAACUUUAACUAAUAAAUAUUAAAAAUAUUUUAAUCAUAUUUUUAGUACUUACAUGUGUU